GUAUAAAUACUGAAAGGAGGCUUUGGUCGGCCUCACAGACUUCACUGAUCAAAUCAGAUCUGAGCUGUCAUCAUGAGGGUGUUUGCAGUAAUCCUCGCUCUUGCAGUCAUCUCAGGAUGCCGUGCACGCAGCGUUCUCCCCAAUGACUGGCAGAGCUCAUGGGAGGACACGGUGGAAAAGUUCAAUGAUUACAUCACAGAGCUGAACUCCAGGGCUGAUGAGGUGGUGAAGGACAUCAAGAGCUCCCAGAUCAGCAGAGAGCUGGACACCCUGAUCCAGGACAGCAUGUCGGAGCUGGCCAUGUACAAGGACGACCUGCAGACCAAGCUGACCCCCUACACGCAGGAUGCUGCAGAGCGCUUUGGAAAUGACCUGCAGCUGCUGGCUGACAGACUGCGUGGACACAUGACCGAUGCCCGCCAGCAGAUGGACACCUACGUCCAGGAGCUGCAGACCAUGAUGGAGCAGAAUGUCGACGAUGUCAAGAACCGAGUGUCCACCUACACCAGAAAGCUGAGGAAACGCCUUCAGAAGGACACCCAGGACAUCCGCAGACAUGUUUCUGAGUACAUCGAGGAGCUCCAGAGCCGCGCCUCAGACAACGUGGAGGUGAUGAAGGCCAGACUGGACCCUUACUUCACUCAGGUUCGAGACAACGCCCAGGCCAAGAUCACCACCCUGAACGAGCUGCUGAGGACCCAGGUGGGCAACCUGAGGGACCCGGUCCAGACCGCCGUGGAGGACAUCAAGGGUCGCUUUGAGAACACGGCUGAGAACCUGCGCUCCACUCUGGGUGGGAAGAUGGAGGAGCUGCGGAACUGGUUUGAGCCAUACGUGUCCAUGGUCAGAGACAGCUUGUAAACAGUGAUCAGAACUGCUUCAUGUGACAGAAUCCACAAUAAAAGCAGAAUAAGACCAGAUGUUUCUCCUCACCACACUUAAUCCACAGCUGCUGUGAAAAAAUGAAAGUUCAAAAUAAA